UUACCGAACACCACUGAGGGGCGCUACGUUAGCCCGCGAAAAUGGCGCGCAUCGGCUGCUGUCGCGAAAAGGCAGUCAAGUACGAAAAAUGAGAAAGCACAACUUUUUUAUUCCUUACGACGACACAGUAAGCUGAAAAAUGUUCCCGAAUAGCUUUAGGACGUGUUCGGAUAUGUUUCUUACGCCUGCCUGUCGCUAGAAUAACGUAGAGCUUCAGUUCGCGUGAGCCAGAACAAGAAAAAGAAACAAAAUGACGGCGCCUUUGGAACCCGGCAAGAUUCGUCGACUCGACGAAACCGUCACGAACCGCAUCGCUGCCGGAGAAGUGGUCCAGAGACCCGUUAACGCGCUCAAGGAGAUGCUAGAGAACAGCAUCGACGCCAAGUCCACGAGCAUCCAAGUGGUGGCCAAGAGCGGCGGACUCAAACUGUUGCAGAUCAAGGACAACGGAUGCGGCAUCCGCAAGGAGGACCUGGACAUCGUCUGCGAGCGCUUCACCACCAGCAAGCUGGUCAAGUUCGAGGACCUCGGCUCCAUCGCUACGUACGGGUUCCGGGGCGAAGCGCUGGCCAGCAUCAGUUACGUUGCCCGAGUCAGCAUCACCACAAAGACGGAGGACUCAAAGUGCGCGUUCAAGCUGUCGUAUCUGAACGGCAAGCCCACGGGGCCUGCCAGGCCGUGCGCCGGAAACCGAGGCACGCUGAUCGUCGUCGAGGACCUUUUCUACAACGUUCCCACGAGGAAGAACGCCUUCAAGAGCCCCGGCGAAGAGUACAGGCGCAUCGUGGACAUGGUGAGCCGCUACGCGGUUCACAACGCGGGCGUCGCCAUAUCCGUCAGGCAGGCCGACGACUCUUCAACGGACGUGAACACGGCGAGCGAAGCGAGCGCGCUGCAGAACAUCGAGUGCAUCUACGGCAAGAACGUCAGCCGCGAGCUGCUGGCCGUCGAGUGCGCCGAGGCCAACCUCAAGUUCAAGAUGACGGGCUUCGUGUCCAACGCCAACUGCUCGUACAAGAAGUGCACGAUGCUGCUCUUCAUCAACCACCGGCUUGUCGAGAGCGCCACGCUCCGCAAGGCCAUCGAGUCCGUCUACUCGUCGUACCUGCCCAAGAACGCGCACCCCUGGCUCUACCUGUCGCUCGAGAUACACCCGGCGAACGUGGACGUCAACGUCCACCCGACCAAGAAGGAAGUGCACUUCCUCCACGAGGAGCUCAUCCUGGAGAGCAUCCAGAAGGCGGUCGACUCCGCACUGCUGUCCUGCAACUCAUCACGGACCUUCCUCACGCAGGCGUGCCUUCCACGCAUUGCACCGACCAAGUCUGUCUCGGCUGCAACCAAGAAAGCGGACAAAGCAGGCACGUCCACUUCGGUUGACGAGAGGCACAUGGUCCGGACGGACUCCCAGAUGCAGAAACUGGAUGCCUUCCUCAAGAAGCCCUCGCCACAGGCCGGCAAGAAAAGCUCGAGCCAGCCUGCGCGCCCCGACGAACAGGAUGACAACAGUGACGACGACUCGGCCGCAGAGCGACCGCAAGUCAAGUUGCAAAGUGUCGUGAAUCUCUGGGAGGCAGUCGUGAAAAACAGCCAUGCGGGUCUCCGGGAGCUGUUCCGGAAUCACACAUUCGUUGGCUGCGUCAACCAACGAUAUUCCCUUGUUCAACACAAGACCGAGUUGUACCUCAUCAACACGCGAAGGGUGUCCGAAGAACUCUUCUACCAGCUAAUGCUCAAAAACUUUGGUCGCUUUGGUCUGUACCAGCUGUCGGAGCCUGCUCCGAUAUACGAUCUCGCAAUGAUGGCUCUGGGCCUCGAAGAAUGUGGCUGGACAGAAGCAGACGGACCUAAGGAGGAACUUGCGCAGUACAUGUCGACGUUCCUCACUUCGAAGGCUGAGAUGCUGGACGACUACUUUUCGUUGGGCAUCAAUGAGUCGGGCGAGAUCACUUCCCUGCCCAUAAUUCUGAACGACCACAUGCCACCGGUAGAAGGGCUCCCCAUGUACGCUUUGCGGCUUGCGACAGAAGUCGAGUGGGAGAAAGAGCAGGAGUGUUUCGAAACAUUCUGCCGAGAGACUGCACGGUUUUACACGGGUCCCAGGAUAGACGUCGGACGGGACGACGACCCAAACAGCUGGAAAUGGGUGACUGAGCAUGUUGUGUUUCCGGCAGCGAAGCAAACGCUUAGACUGCCUGUUGAGUACAUGGAGAACUCUUGCGUGUUGCAAGUGGCGAGUUUGCCCAACCUGUACAAAGUGUUUGAAAGGUGUUGACUUUUUCUUGGGAGGGCGGGAGGGAUAUACGUUAAGAUUAGCAGUUGAAUACAUUAUUUUGCAGCAGUGCAAAAUGUGUCAAGUGUUUGUAGACACACGUGUGUGUGAAUAUGGUUAAAAAGAGCGUUAUGUGAGCUCUUGCACCACAUCUGCCGCAAGGCGCACUCCUGCUGCACUAAUGGCGCGUCUUUUAAACAGUGGAAGGAAUGACAGAGCAAUGCUAUUGCUUUUCACGAUGCACAUUUUACAGAGCAAGUGUGAGGAGCCAGAGGCAAUGCACAGAUUACUUCCUGCAUGCAGCCAAAGUACCCUUGAAUAUGUGUGCUGUGAAAAGCGACAGCAUCUGUUUAUCAUUCAAUAAGAGACGCACUACUGGUGCACCUUGCUGCAGCAUCCAGACGUUUGAUGGAUGCUGCAUCAUUUAAAUGUGGCAUCCAGACGUUUGAUAACUACAACCCUUGCGAGUAUGCGAAUGCUGAUCUUUGCACCAGGCGCCUGCCACGCUGCCUGGCUUAACGGGAGCAUGGCUCUCUAAAGAGAGCCAUACGUACAGUAACUAUUUUGGCGCACGCUCUCAUUGUUGCCAAUUCCAGCAGAUGCUUCUGUCGUUUCUGUGUGCCCUGUAGCCUCCGUCCUUUGAGCUGCAAAAAUAAUGAAUAUUUUGUCCCUGCCUAUCGAUUCAAAAUACCUGCCAAUGUGCAAACUUAAAAAUUCCAAAAAAUUCUACGGUUGCUGUAGGGGGUAUGGCACCCACUGUUGAGUUUACCCUGAGUUCACACCUUUUGUUUGUGGGAUAUAUAAGCACUUUAUUAACAAUGAUUUACAUUUAGAUGCAGCUCAGAAGCAGCAGCAAACUUGGAACAGCAGAGAAACUAACAAGCAAUACUGUUUUUACAUAAGCGAUAUUUCAGUUAUUUCGUUGCCAAUUUCCCCUGCUUCAGGAACUUGUCUGAAUAAACUAGCUCGAAACAAGUAAUGGUAAUUGGUACCUUGUGCUGCCAUGAUAGGGGGGCACAGAUGCCAUCACAAUUUCGUUCUUAUAUGCAUAUUUUGCAAUCUUGCGCUGCCUAAUCUUUCAACACCCCUAAAUCUUCUUGGAAACAUCAUUUACUUUUCGCAAAACUUGAUGCGACGUUUGUGAACUCAAUGAAAAAUGUGGUAGGUUUGGCAGGUUGACUACUUUUAGGGAUGAUGCUUUGGCAUGACGUGACAUCUAGUGUGUACACUACCGUUGGAGAGAUAGGACGUCCCGUCCUAAAUUGACAUAUCUAUAUAGUACCCCAAAAGUUGACUGAGAAUGCAGCUGCCGCUAAUACUGUUUGGGGCAACACUUGAGGUCUCCA